GGAGACUCGCUAGUGACUGUCCGCGCCAGUGCCCUCGCACUUUACCUUCCAGACUUCUUCUUGGGCGUUUUUGUAUUCCAGGGACGCGGCGCCUCGUGGGAUCCGGCUCCAUCCGUUGGCGUGGCCCUCAUGGUGCGCCAGGCUCUAGCCUGGUAGAGCUCCGGUGGCGACUUUCUACAGGAUUUCAGAAGAUCUUGUCCAUGUGUAUGGCAUAGAAGAUGAAUUCUUCCACCUCCACUAUGAACGAAGAGCCUGAUGCUUUGUCGGUAGUUAACCAGCUUCGGGACCUAGCGGCAGAUCCAUUAAACAGAAGAGCCAUUGUCCAGGACCAGGGAUGUCUGCCUGGGCUCAUUUUAUUUAUGGAUCAUCCCAACCCCUCUGUUGUCCACUCAGCUUUGCUUGCUCUUCGGUAUUUGGCAGAGUGCCGUGCUAACCGAGAAAAAAUGAAAGGAGAACUGGGUAUGAUGCUAAGCUUGCAAAAUGUUAUACAGAAGACUACUACUCCAGGAGAAACAAAAUUACUGGCUUCUGAAAUCUAUGACAUUCUUCAGUCUUCAAAUAUGGCAGAUGGUGAUAGUUUCAAUGAAAUGAAUUCACGGCGAAGGAAAGCUCAGUUUUUUCUGGGAACUACAAACAAACGUGCUAAGACAGUGGUUUUGCACAUAGAUGGUCUUGAUGAUUCGUCUCGGAGGAAUCUAUGUGAAGAAGCUUUGUUAAAAAUUAAAGGCGUAAUUAGUUUUACUUUUCAAAUGGCUGUUCAAAGAUGUGUGGUACGAAUCCGUUCAGAUUUGAAAGCGGAGGCUUUGGCAUCAGCUAUAGCAUCAACCAAGGUUAUGAAGGCUCAGCAAGUUGUAAAAAGUGAAAGUGGUGAAGAGAUGCUGGUCCCAUUCCAAGAUACCCAUGUGGAAGUAGAACAGAACACAGAGCUGCCUGACUACUUGCCUGAGGAUGAGAGUCCCACGAAAGAGCAAGACAAAGCAGUGUCCCGGGUUGGCUCUCAUCCAGAGGGUGGAGCCAGCUGGCUGAGCACAGCUGCAAACUUUUUGUCCAGAUCAUUUUACUGGUGACUUCAGUUUGGGGCUCAAGGACUGUGUGAACCAACAAGGGGCCAGUUUUCCAUUGUUGUGGUGAACUGUCAAGUGCAAUUUGCAAUAAGUUAUCAUGAAAGUUUUUAGAUUACAUGAUUGCAUAUGCUGCAUUUUACAUUUUUUUGGACAUUUGAGCCCACUAAGUGGUACAAAGGACAGAGUCUACAUACAGGUGGAGUUGCUUUGCUUAUGAAGGUAUUCACUUUGUUUUUUCUUUGACUCACUUUUAUAAAAAAAAAAAAUACCUGGGUCCACCAUCAAACCAAACAUGUGCAGCUUUACAUUUUAUUUUACGUGAAGCACGUGAUCGAAAGAGGU